AUGCGUUCCCAACUGCUCCGCGGGCUAAUUGGCAUUGCUGCCCUGGUCUCUCCAUCAUUAGCUGUCCCCACCAAGCGAGAAGCCGUCACCAGCUGUCUCACCAACGCCAAAGUUCCCAUCGACACCAAAGGCAGCCAGACCUGGACCCAAGACGGUACAGCGUACAACCUACGACUUCAGUUUGAACCAAUUGCAAUCGCGGUCCCGACCACUGUCGCUCAAAUAUCUGCUGCCGUCUCCUGCGGCUCUAAGCAUGGUGUUUCUGUGAGCGGCAAGAGUGGUGGCCACAGCUACACCUCGCUUGGUCUUGGCGGAGAGGACGGACACCUCGUGAUUGAGUUGGACCGCUUGUAUAGCGUGAAGCUAGCCAAGGAUGGGACAGCCAAGAUCCAGCCUGGAGCAAGGCUUGGACAUGUGGCCACUGAGUUGUACAACCAGGGCAAGAGGGCUCUUUCUCAUGGCACAUGCCCCGGAGUUGGUCUUGGUGGGCAUGCCUUGCACGGCGGCUACGGUAUGGUCUCGCGAAAGCACGGCUUGACCCUCGACUGGAUCAUUGGCGCUACCGUCGUCCUCUAUGAUGGAAAAGUCGUCCACUGUUCCAAGACGGAGCGUUCGGAUCUCUUCUGGGCUAUCCGAGGCGCUGGAGCUUCAUUCGGAAUUGUCGCCGAGCUCGAAUUCAACACAUUCCCUGCCCCCGAGAAGAUGACCUACUUCGAUAUUGGUCUUAACUGGGAUCAACAAACCGCCGCUCAAGGCCUUUGGGACGUGCAAGAAUUCGGAAAGACUAUGCCGAGCGAGAUUACGAUGCAGGUGGCUAUUCGAAAGGACGGGUACAGCAUCGAUGGCGCCUACGUCGGGGAUGAGGCUGGUCUGCGAAAGGCUCUCCAGCCUCUUCUCAGCAAGCUCAAUGUCCAAGUUAGCGCUUCAACUGUUGGAUGGAUUGAAUUGGUUACCCACUUUGCUGGUACUUCAGACAUUAACCCCACUAGUGCCUCCUACAAUGCACACGAUACCUUCUACGCCACCAGCUUAACUACUCGAGAACUCUCACUGGAGGAGAUCAAGUCUUUCGUCAACUCAAUCUCCACCACUGGCAAAAGCAGCAGCCACUCUUGGUGGAUCCAGAUGGAUAUCCAAGGUGGCCAGCACUCAGCUGUGGCAAAGCCCAAGCCCACCGACAUGGCCUACGUUCACCGCGACGCGCUGCUGCUCUUCCAGUUCUACGACAGUGUGCCCCAGGGACAGAAGUACCCCAGCGACGGGUUCUCGCUGCUGACGACUCUGCGCCAGAGCAUCUCCAAAUCUCUUCGUGAGGGCACUUGGGGCAUGUAUGCCAAUUACCCAGACUCGCAGCUCAAGGCGGAUAGGGCUGCGGAGAUGUACUGGGGAUCCAAUUUGCAGAGACUUCAAAAGAUCAAGGCCGCAUAUGAUCCGAAGAACAUGUUUCGGAACCCCCAGUCUGUCAAGCCAAAGGCGUAG